AUGGGCCCGAACGCCGGUCGCGGUCGCGGGACAUCCCCUUCUCCGAGUCCGAUCUCUAGACAACCCAAGUGUUCAACAAGUAAUCAUGGUACCACCGUGGGCCUGCCGUUCGACUCGUACGACUAUUCUUCCCUCUUGUCGCUUAUCAUCUCCACCGUUGCCACUGCAAUCUUCCCGUCUAUCGCAAACCUUGUUGGGAAUGUGUUCAACGCACCCGUUUUAUUGCCGACUACUCAAAUUGAUGGUGCGCAGAUCAUGCUCCAACGGAAUGCACCCCUUCAAGCUUCCCUGCGCGUGCGUCGCUCGAAGGUGCAUAUGUCGCACGAUGCGUUUGGGGAAACGAGAAGAGCACACUGCACACCUGCAGAAACAGGACGUGGCGAGUUUGAGGAGGGAGCGCGAAGGCUACUUGCGAAGCGCUGGGCUGCUACCGGUGGGGCUCCCCUAAGGACCAACAUCAAUGGCCCGAGCAGUGAAAGCAAAUCAACGAGUACGUCGGGAAGUGGGACAAGUAUGCCCUAUGGUAACGGUGCCCGAUUUGCUCUUGACCCCAUCAUUCUCGUCGAGGAGGAGGAAGAGGAGAUCGAGGAGAUGGAAAAGACGGGAGAAAACGGAAUGCGGAACUCUCUAGGGACAGGUUCCGGAUACGGCGAGAGCGACGCAGGAAGGAUGAGGGCCUUGACGAGCUCCACAGUAGGUAACGCUAUGACUGGCAGCAUGCCGGAUGGCCUUUCCACCGCAAUUACUACAUCGGACCUGAGUGGCAUCAAUAACCCCAAUUCGGAGACCGCCUGA